CAACCCGGAAGUGGAGAGUCGAGAAAUCGCCGCCAGCAAUUGCGAGUUAUGCCGCUGGCAUAGCAGUACAGAUCCAAUCAGAUUACGGCUAUCCCCUAACUGGACAUUCAGUCAUUUGCCGGGUUUUGCAAAAGCACAAAGAAAAUUGAAAAUAAAAAAAACAGAGAUGCGUUACAAUUGCAACAUGAAAUGGCGUCUUCAAAUGCUCGUCUCGACGAUGUUCUGCGCCCUGGUCGGUUAUCUUGGCUCAUCCGUGGCAGUGGCAAAGCCGACGUUAUCAUUCAGCCUGCCCCAUGGCCUGCAGGGAUUCCCCUCAUUCCAAUCGUUCACGCAGCAGAUCAUCGAACAGCGCAGUUUGCGCCAAAUGAAAACCUACAGCGGGAAGCGAGUUAGUAACGAUUCGCUUAUUAUGAUAUACUAUCACGAUCUGACCAUAGCCGUCACGGAACUGGGCCCACAGAAGCUGUUGCUUGGCUGCGAACUGAUUGAAAUCUACAACGAUAAGGAAGGCAAGAUGCUGCUCAGUGGCCUCGCCAAGUACAAUCGUCCGCUGGAGAUCAGUUUUGAUGAGAUGCUCAAGCUGAUGGAUCAAUGCGAGCAUGUAGACAAGCUCAGCUAUGCCAGCAAAAUCAAGUUCAGGUCCACCGACGAAGGCUCCGAGCGUAGCAGCAGCAGCAACAGCAAUAACAACGAGUCUGGCGUCAGUGGAACGAGCAAUGGUAGUGAUGCCGCCGACAGCAUGGCUAAUCAGAACGGUGUCUCACUGAAGCUCGCUGGGAAUAUAUUUCCCCGCAGUCCCUUUUCGCUGCUCAGUGGCAUUAUACCAGGCACCAAGUGGUGCGGCACUGGCGAUAUUGCUGAGACGUACAGGGAUUUGGGCAGCGAGAUGGCCAUGGAUCGCUGCUGUCGCCAGCACGAUCUGUGUCCCGUUAAGAUACGCGCCUAUCAACAAAAAUACGAGCUUAUGAACGACUCGCUGUACACCAAAUCACACUGCAUCUGCGAUGAUAUGUUGUUCUCGUGCCUGAAGAUGACAAACACAUCGGCCUCCCAGUUGAUGGGCUCGAUAUAUUUUAAUCUGGUGCAGGUGCCCUGUCUGGAUGGCCGUACCAAUCAAUACAAGUUCCGUGCGGCCAAGGAGGGCUUCUAGGCCCCAGCACCAUUUUAAAUAUGUAUUUGUUUUUAUAUUCGUUAUAAGUUUAAUGCGUUUGGGGCUUGUACAUAGCUAUAAAAGUUGGGGCGCUACUUCAA